GCUGGGGCCACGUGAUCAUUCGGAGCCCAGGCACCAGGCCGGCUCUUGCCUGGGGUUCUCGGGAGGGAAGAGUUGGGAGAGGCUUUGCUGCUGAGGAAAUUGAUUUGAUAGAGUAAAGGUUUGAGGAAGAGCUACAGAAGCAGAAGAGAAAUAAUCCUUAUAAGCCAAUGGUGUUCGGGAAACCAAUAACCCCAUUGCCUUGAGUUUGUAGGUGCCACUACUACUCUGGGAAAAUGGCAGAUGACGAAGAAUAUGAGGAGGUGGUGGAGUAUUACACAGAGGAGACAGUCUAUGAAGAGGUGCCGGGAGAGACAAUAACAGAAAUCUAUGAAACUACGACAACACGGACAACCACAUCUGACUAUGAGCAAUCAGAACCUUCCAAACCCGCGUUGGCACAGCCGGUACCGGCACAGCCGGUCGCCGCCAAGCCAGUGGAGAGGAAGAAGGUUAUCCGGAAGAAACUGGAUUCUUCAAAGUUCAUGACUCCCUACAUUGUACAUAGUCAGAAAAUGCAGGAACUCUUUAGCCCAAAUAAAUACAAGGAGAACUAUGAGAAAGCAAAAGGACAGCCAUACGCCAUCACAACUGAUACCCCAGAACUUCGCCGGAUCAAGAAAGUGCAAGAUCAGCUCAGUGAGGUUAAGUAUAGAAUGGAUGGCGAUGUUGCUAAAACUAUAUGUCACGUAGACGAAAAAGCAAAGGACAUUGAACAUGCAAAGAAAGUGUCGCAGCAAGUCAGUAAGGUUUUAUACAAGCAGAACUGGGAGGACACCAAGGAUAAGUACCUGCUUCCCCCUGAUGCCCCUGAACUUGUCCAGGCAGUUAAGAACACAGCCAUGUUCAGUAAGAAACUGUACACUGAGGACUGGGAAGCUGACAAAAGCUUGUUUUACCCAUACAACGAUAGCCCAGAGCUGAGAAGGGUGGCCCAAGCCCAGAAAGCCCUCAGUGACAUUGCCUACAAAAAAGGUCAUGCUGAACAGCAGUCUCAAUUCACGACGCUGCCGGACCCUCCGGAUAUAGAAUUUGCUAAGAAAGUGACCAAUCAAGUGAGCAAGCAAAAAUACAAGGCAGACUAUGAAAAUAAAAUCAAAGGCAAAUGGAGUGAGACACCUUGCUUUGAAAUUGCUACUGCCAGAAUGAAUGCUGAUAACAUCAGCACAAGAAAAUACCAGGAAGAUUUUGAGAAUAUGAAAGACCAGAUCUACUUCAUGCAGACGGAAACACCGGAGUACAAAGUGAAUAAACAAGCUGGGGUAGCAGCUAGCAAGGUAAAAUACAAAGAAGACUAUGAAAAGAAUAAGGGAAAAGCAGAUUAUAAUGUACUUCCUGCUUCAGAGAACCCACUGCUCCAGCAGCUGAAGGCGGCAGGAAAUGCCCUGAGUGAUAAACUCUACAAGGAAAACUAUGAAAAGACAAAGGCAAAGAGCAUAAAUUACUGCGAAACCCCCAAAUUUCAACUUGAUACAGUUCUGCACAACUUCACUAGUGAUACUAAAUACAAAGAUUCCUACUUGAAGAAUAUUUUGGGACAUUAUGUUGGCAGCUUUGAGGAUCCAUACCAUACGCACUGCAUGAAAGUUACAGCUCAAAACAGUGACAAAAACUACAAAGCAGAAUAUGAAGAAGACAGAGGCAAAGGCUUCUUCCCUCAGACUAUAACUCAAGAAUAUGAAGCAAUCAAGAAACUGGAUCAGUGUAAAGAUCAUACCUACAAAGUCCAUCCAGAUAAGACAAAAUUCACUCAAGUCACAGACUCUCCUGUUCUGGUGCAAGCCCAAGUCAAUUCCAAACAACUGAGUGAUCUGAACUACAAAGCAAAGCAUGAAAGUGAAAAGUUCAAGUGCCACAUACCUCCAGAUACUCCUGCCCUCCUCCAGCACAAAGUCAACGCCUAUAACCUGAGUGAUAAUAUCUACAAGCAUGACUGGGAGAAGAGCAAAGCGAAGAAAUUCGACAUUAAAGUGGACGCCAUUCCCCUGCUGGCUGAGGCCAACAGCAAGAUCGCCAGCGAUGUGAUGUACAAGAAAGACUAUGAGAAAAAUAAAGGGAAAAUGAUUGGAGCCCUGAGCAUUAAUGAUGACCCCAAGAUGCUGCACUCUUUGAAGACGGCCAAAAACCAGAGUGAUAGAUUAUACAAGGAAAACUAUGAGAAGACAAAAGCGAAGAGCAUGAACUACUGUGAGACCCCCAAAUAUCAACUUGACACUCUGCUGAAGAACUUCAGCGAGGCCAAAUACAAAGAUGCAUAUGUACAGAAUAUUCUGGGACAUUAUAUAGGCAGCUUUGAGGACCCAUAUCAAAUUCACUGCAUGAAAGUCUCAGCUCAAAACAGUGAUGUAAGUUGAAGACCAUUGUUCUGUCUCUCAGUGA